AUGACUACUACUAGCAUUCCAGAUAAUCGAGAAACUAUAAUCUAUGUUGAUGAUAAAGAAACUAAGGCUGAAGAUAAUAGAGAAACCAAGAAUAAUGAAAAAACAGAAACUAAUAGUGAUGAUAAAACAAAAGUUAAUAAUGAUUAUGAUAUAGAAGCUAUAAUUGAA